AUGCGCGCGAUCGGCCUAGAGCGUGAUAGCAGCGACACCGUCGCCGCCAUAAUCAAGGCGACGCGCAAAGGGGGCAAUGUGGCACUGAUCGGGGAUUUCUUCUUUACUACCCAUGAUUUCCCCAUCGGUGCAUUGAUGCAGAAGGCUUUGACCGUUCGAGGAGGUCAAGCCUGGCCCCAAAAAUAUCAUCCAUUCCUGCUCGACUUGGUCAUCUCAGGAAAGCUGGAUCCGUCCUGGAUGUUCACAUAUGAGGACGAGUUCGAGAACAUUGCCGAUCAUUAUCAGCGGUGUGCCCAGCAUGAAGUCCCCGGGGGCUUGAAAGUGUGCCUGGUCACAGCCUUUGGCCGCAGCGAGCGAAUGCAACCCAGUAGCGACAUGAUUGUCAAUCAAGAUAGCAAUGAUGGCUGA